AAUCGUUCGCACUGUUGAUGUGAAUCAAAUUCGUACACAAUUGCUUAUGCAACAAUCGGUUCCGCAGUUACACGCAUUUGGAUACAAUAAAAUAUAAUUAUGAGCAGCGGUGGUGGUCGUAGGAAAACGCACAGGCCUUCAGGGCAGAGUGGCAAUAUUCCGCGAAUUGAUACAUCGAAACGUGAAACUGAAAAACCCAAUUCUAAUAAGAAUAAUAAUGAUCGGCCAAUCGGAUUUAAAUCUCUUGAGACAGCCAUUUUGACAAUGGAGCACUCGAAAUUGCUGAUCAAUUUAUCAUCGAGUACGUUCGGAUUUUUAACAUUGUUACAACAACGAAGCAUCCAACCAGGAAUUACGUGCUUAAUUUUAUCGGCACUUUCGAAGGCUGUUGACUCGGCGGACAGUGAAACACGCAAAAUGAUUUCGUAUUUUUUGCGUAAAAUUUUACCAAUAAACAAUGGCCCCGACAAUUUCAUGACGAAAGUUUUGCCAAUUUUUGUUAUGAAUUUACAAAAGUACACAAGCGACAACUACAACGAGCGAGAAAGAUUCAUUGUGGCGAUUUUUGACCUGCUAAAAUUCAUUCAACAAGUGCAAUUGAUCUUGCCUCAAGGUUCUCGUGAUAUAUUCAGUGAUUUAGUGCCGGGCAUACAGGCGCAGAUCGAGUUCAUUAAUCGCAAAGGGAAUCGUUUCUCAAGCGAAACGAUGGAGCUGUUAGCUGAUGUUGUCAAUGUGAUUGAGAAAUUUAACGAAACAGAACCAAUUGGUGCAAAUGUUGAAUUCGAAAUAUUGAAUGAACCGCCUGAAGACUUUCGUACGAUUCAAAUUUGCCCAGAUGCCGACGAUAUUUUGCACAAUCAUGAACCAUUCAUUCGAAAAAAUAUUGUGGAUGGAAAGUAUGUUGGUGGAGUCGACCACUAUUUGGACGUUCAAUUUCGGCUACUGAGAGAGGAUUUCAUCCGCGGCUUCAGAGACGGCAUUCGAGAGUAUCUUCGAUUGAUGGAAAAGCCACUGACAAACCAGAAAAAGGUCCGUAUCAAUGAUAUCAACAUUUACAGUCAUGUGAACGUCGUCAGUUCGGUCAUCACCAACGGCAACCUGGUGUACAACGCAAAAUUUGAUACAACUGAUUUCAAAAAAGUUCGCUGGCAGUUCAGCAAACGUUUGAUGACUGGAUCGUUAAUUUGCUUAUCGUACGACGAAUUUAAAACAUUUUGUUUUGCAACUGUAACUGGAGCACGAGAUCCUGACAAAUUAACAAAAGGCGAAUUUCGUUUGCAGUUCGAAUUCCAAAAUAAAGUGACGGAGCAAAUAUCCCCAGCAGUUCCAUUGAAAAUGGCUGAGUCUAAUGUCUAUUUUGAGGCAUACCGUCACAAUUUGAAAGUUCUGCAAGAUUUCACCUCAGAAACAUUUCCGCUUCAACGAUACAUCGUUGAAGUGAACUGUGAAAUUCUACCACCGCCUUACCUAACGGCUAAUACCGUUUACAAUCUCUCUGAUUUGACCAAGAAACUUCUGUCUAUAACUGCCGAAGACGUGGCUCCUAAUCUCGAAAGCCAAUUUGAAGUGGUCGAUUUGCAGUCGGCUCAGAGAAAGAUCAGGUGGAUCAGUAAGCAAAAAAUGGAACAAGAUGUCUCCUUAGCGAGAUAUUGUGAUAAGGUUCCAGUGCUCAAUGAAACGAUAUGGCCGGAUGAAUCGUUUUUUGGUUUAGACGGAUCCCAAUUCGAUGCGUUGAAAGCAGCACUCACAAAACAAUUUGCUAUCAUUCAGGGACCGCCAGGCACUGGAAAAACCUACGUUGGUUUACGAAUUGCUCAAGCUCUACUGCAGAACGUUUCAAAAUGGGGUCACAGCAUGAUUGGAACGAAGCAGCACUUGUCACCGAUAUUAGUGGUGUGCUACACAAAUCAUGCGCUCGACCAAUUCCUUGAAGGAAUGCUUCAAUUUUGUCAAAGCAUAAUUCGCAUUGGUGGCAAAUCGAAAAGUCCGCUGUUGGAGCAUUUCAAUUUGAAAAACGUACGGUCCUCCGAACAGAAGCAGAAAAAAGUUCCGGCUUACAUAUUUAAGAAUCGAAAGGAAUGCCGUGAAAAGUUAGCUGAAAUUCAGUCACAGAUGUCAACGCUCGAAGCAUCUAUCGAUUCGACGAACAAGAAACUUCUCAAUUCGGAGUUGCUUCCAGUUAUCAAGGAGCUGAGUCAGAUGCAAUGGAAGGAUGUAAUGGAAUUGGAUGUUGUAAGUCCAAUCACUACUUGGUUGGGAUUGAACGUGUUAGACGAUCCGGGAGACGACGACAUUCCCGAAAAUUUCGACGAAGGACAGGACACUCUGACCGAUACGCCUGACGAAGAGUUUGAAAUUGACGGCGAUGAAGAAGAGAUUAAAGAAAUGGAAAAUAUGCGACUCAUUGAUGGCGAUUCAGAUGAUGAUGUCAUUGCACAAAUCAAUCCAACCGCUGCACCUUCACCGACAAUUUGUGCACCAAUUAUGGAUCUGGCAGAUGGCUAUCAGUUACAAAGACAUCAGAAGAAAAUUCAAAAAAAUCGAAUCAAAAUGGAGCUGAAGAAAAGUGAACACAUGACAGAAGCAAUUGCUAAGACUGUUCGUGAUAUAUGGAAUUUGUCACAGCAAGAGAAAUGGAAUCUGUACAGAUUCUGGCGCCGAUUGUAUGUUAAUCAGAUCGAGGAAAAAAUUCGCGACCUACGAAAGGCAUACAGCAACGAAUGGGUGAGAUUUGUAUCACUCCGAAAUCAAGAAGAUCUUGAAAUCGUUCAAGGAUAUUCCAUAAUCGGAAUGACUACCACCGGUGCUGCAAAAUACCAUCAUAUCAUUGAUGGAAUCAAACCACGGAUCAUAAUUGUCGAAGAAGCCGCUGAGGUACUUGAAGCUCAUAUUGUCACAUCGCUGUGCAGCAAAACGGACCACCUUAUUCUCAUUGGUGACCAUCAGCAAUUAAAACCGAAUCCAGCCGUGUAUGAACUGGCAAAAAAGUUCAAACUUGAAGUGUCUCUGUUCGAGCGAAUGAUACAAAAUGGCAUUGCUUGCCAUCAACUAAAACUACAACAUCGGAUGCGUCCUGCCAUAUCCGAACUGCUUGUACCACAUUUUUACAAAGAGUUGAUGGAUCACGAUUCCGUCAAGUGCUACGAAGAUAUUAAAGGUGUCAGCUGUAACAUGUUCUUUGUGAACCACGCCGAAGAUGAAAGCAAAAUCAACGACACAAUGAGCCGGAUGAAUAAAUAUGAAGCCCAAUUCGUCGUCGAACUAUGUCGAUAUCUCAUAUUGCAGGGGUACAACACGUCCCAAAUUACUAUACUGACGAUGUAUUCCGGUCAACUGUAUCAGAUCAAAUAUCUGAUGAAGGCGUACGAGAUUUUGAAAGGAGUACGCGCAACUGUUGUCGACAACUACCAAGGCGAAGAAAAUGACAUCAUGAUCCUGACGUUUGUUCGAUCGAAUGACGAUGGAGAGAUUGGAUUCUUGAAAGUGUCGAACCGUGUUAAUGUGGCCUUGUCGAGAGCUAGGAAAGGCUUAUAUUGCAUCGGAAACUUUAAGUGUUUGGUAGAGAAGAGUCCUGUAUGGCGGAAAAUUGUUGACAAAUUGGAACGGCAGAAAGCGAUCGGACCAACAUUGGAGCUGUGCUGCCAAAAUCAUCCGGAAACCCUGACUUUUGUCACUAAAGUCAGUGACUUUCAACAAUGUCCCGAAGGUGGUUGUUUGAAACCGUGUGAUACUCGUCUCUUAUGUGGCCACGUUUGCCAGAGUAUUUGUCACAUAUUCGAUUCCGAUCAUCAAUCCAUGAAAUGCCACAAACGGUGUCACAAAAUCCUAUGCGAAAGAGGCCAUCGAUGUAAAAAUAAGUGUCACCGUGGAAAAGGGUGCGGCAGCUGCACUGAACGGGUGGAGAAACUUCGUGUAUCUUGUGGACAUACGCUUCAAGUAAAAUGUUCGGAGAGUCCUGAAUCCGUUUUCUGUGUUGCACCUUGCAGUAAGACGAAAUCGUGUGGUCACAAAUGUUCAUUGAUGUGCGGAAACAAUUGUGAGGCGAGUCCAUGUACAGCCAUUGUGGAUGUAAAGGGCGAUUGUGGACAUAAUGUGAAAGUCAAAUGCAGUGACAAGGAAAACGCAAAGAUUCUGUUCGAAAGUUGUAAGAAUCCCUGCUCUGUUGAGCUCCACUGCGGACACAAAUGUCGUGGAUCUUGUGGAGAGUGCUACCGAGGACGACUUCAUAUCAAAUGUAAGACAAAAUGUACCAGACCUCUGGUCUGCGGCCAUUUGUGCAAUGAUAUUUGUGCCACCAACUGUCCACCAUGCACACGUAAAUGCCAGAAUGAAUGUUCGCAUUCGAAAUGCAGAAUGAAAUGUGGAAGCCCAUGCGUACCGUGUCAGGAACCGUGUGAAUGGGUCUGUGAACAUAAGCGAUGCACAAAAUUGUGCAAAGAAAACUGCGAUCGCGUUGUAUGCUCAGUACCGUGCAAAAAGGUAUUGCCGUGUAAACAUCCUUGCAUCGGACUGUGUGGUGAGCCUUGUCCAAAAUUGUGUCGCAUUUGCAAUAAGGAUUUAGUGGAAGAAAUCUUGUUCGGCGAUGAGGACGAGCCCGACGCACGAUUCAUUUUGCUGAAGGAUUGUAAUCACAUCAUUGAGGUUAAUGGAUUGUUAAAUUGGGUGAAGCUGCAAGAUGAGAGCAACAGUAAUUCUGGUGGCAUGAGCAUUCAGAUGAAAACCUGUCCAAGAUGUAAGACUGUAAUCCGUCAAACGAAAGCGUUGAACACCUUUAUACAAAGUUGCCUGAGAGAUUUAGAGGCGGUAAAGCUGAAAAUAUUUGGUAAUGUUGAGGACAACCAUCAGGAACAGAUAUUGCUUCACACUAGAAUAUCUAAUCAUGACAUCGACGGCAUGGAUACACUUUCAAAUCUGAGACAAAUCAGAUUCGUUUAUGAACAGCUGCUCAAACAUACAAAGCCGAAUGAUAACGGAUUGAUUGGAAUACCUAAAGGAGACAUUCAUAAAAACGAAAAUAUUUACCAAAUUUGGACCAAAGUCGUCGAGACUUUGACAGCAUUUUCCGUUGCGAGACGGGGAACUUACAAGUCCGUUUCCCCAUUGAAGAUCAAUCAACUGGAGCUCCGAGCAAAUCAGGUAUUGUGUUUCAUAGCCAACUUCAGUAACAACCAACAAGAAAUAGAAGAUGUGCAGGCAGAAGUGCGCCUGUUACAGUUAUCUUCAAAAGUUGCGAUGCACGUAAAUACUAAGGUAUUUAACGAUAAUGGUCAGAAAAUCAUUCGAGAAGCAUUCGAUGCAGUUUUACAAAGCCGUUUCACAGAGGAUGUGAAAAAUACCUUCGAAAAACGAAUCAACGAAGCCAACAAGCUACAAGGUGGUCUCGGUAUUUCAUUGGAGGAGAAGAAUAUGAUACUACAGGUCAUGGGUUUCUCAAAAGGUCACUGGUACAAAUGUCGCAAUGGACACAUCUACUGUAUAGGCGAAUGUGGAGGCGCUAUGCAACAAAGUAAAUGUCCAGAGUGUGGUAGUAUUAUUGGAGGCGCAUCGCAUCGGCUCGCUUCUGAUAAUGCAAUAGCAACGGAAAUGGAUGGAGCGACGGCACCAUCUUGGCCUACAAAUUUGAUGAACGAACUUCGACUGGCGUAGAGCGCGGUUUGAUUUUUUUCCUUUUCUUUUUUUUUCAUUCGUUUUCAAUUAAAAGAACGCUACCAGCGUUACAUGGUUAU